GGCGGGUCACCGAGAGAGCCGCUGUCCGUCCACCUCGAGCUCCUGACACCAGUCUGCUAUCAUCAGCUCCUCACGUCAGCCUUUCAACUAUCGCUCUCUUUUGUUUGCCUUGCCCAGCCAGCUGGUCUUUUACUGUUUUCGUGCCUGUGUUGGUCGUGAAGAGUGUCCGCUGAAGAUGAGUCUGUCUCGGUCUGUUCCUCUGCUGCUGGUCGUGCUGUGCGGAGCCGCGGAGUUUGCCGGAGCCUGCAGCUGCUCUCCUGAACAUCCACAGCAGGCGUAUUGCAAUGCGGAUGUCGUCAUCAGAGCAAAAGUCGUCGGACGGAAGGAGGUAGUCACCGGCAAUGACGCUUACGGCUACCCAAUCAGAAUGAUCCGAUAUGACGUCAAACAGUUGAAGAUGUUCAAGGGCCCCAAUGGAGAGAUUGACACCAUCUUCACGGGCCCCUCCUCAGCGUUAUGUGGAGUCAAUCUUGAGAGCAAUGGCAAGCAGGAGUACCUGAUAACAGGUAAUUUGGAUUCAAAUGGCACACUGCGCAUAAACCUGUGUGACUACAUUGAGUCCUGGGAGUCUCUGAGUCUGACACAGAAGAAGAGCCUGGGUCAGCGCUACCAGAUGGGCUGUGACUGCAAGAUUGUCCAGUGUCCCAUCAUCCCCUGCUCCAUCAGUGAGCCUGUGGAGUGUCUGUGGACGGACUGGGUGUUGGAGGGAACCGUUCAGGGCACUCAGGCUCAGCACUUCACCUGCGUCAAGCGGAGCGACAGCAGCUGCGCCUGGUACCGUGGAUCUGCCCCGCCUAAAAAAGAGUUCAUGGACAUCGAGGAACCAUGAGAAUACAUCCUCCUUUUAGGACCCCCCAAUCCCAAACGCAGCUACCAUCUCACACUUUAAUUCUGCAGAUGCAUCCUAGAUCAAAUAAAACUCAUCAAACACAUGUCUGGGCCACGGAGGACCCAAAUUCACAAGAUAAAUAAAAGGAUUAUAGAUAGUCAUAUUUUUGUAAAAGCUAAUGAGUGAGUGAGAAAUCUUAUUUUGUAUAAAGAAAAUUAAACCAAAACUGAUUUUUAUAUUAUGAUUGCAGUUUAAAUUUUAAAAACGUAUCCUUACAGAUUCAUUCUCAUUAAUAUAGUACAUUACAAUUUAAAGGGGACCUAUUAUGCCUGGUUUUACAACAUGUCAAAUAAGUCUCUGAUGUCCCUAGAGUGUGUAUGUGACGUUUCCGCACAAAAUACCGCACGAAUAAUGUUUUAUAACUCUUUGAAACUGCCCCCUUUUAGGUUUUAAUCCAAAUCAUGCCGUUUUGGUGACUGUCGCUUUAAAUUGAAAUGAGAUUUCAAAAGAAGGCGGAGCUACAAACACCUAUGUGUCAAAAAGCGUGAAAACUCUAAUGGCUGAUCUGCUUCUCACUCACUCAAUAAGGGAGAGAUCUUCACUAAUGGGCGGGGCUUUCCCCCUCUGAUGACACGUAUAAAGGGAGAAUGUCAAUCAGAGUGUUUCUGCAGACUGAUUUUAUGAAGUGUGAUUAUUAAAAAAUAGAUUUAAUAAAUUUUUACUAUUAGAAGCUGGUUAUAUUCACACACUGCUGCCACAAAACUGUGCUUAAACCCCUUAUAAAAGUGAUUUUUGCAUAAUAGGCCCCCUUAAAAAUGAGAAUGAGACUUAAAAACAAACCCAAAAAAUCUGUAAGUGCAACAAUCAAAAGAUUCAACAUUAUUUUUUUAAUUUUAGGGUGAAUUGCGAUGCAAAAGUAUUUACCCAAGCAUGACAGGAUGCAUACGGUAUGUUUGAUUUGCAUGUUAAUAUAUUCGUAGGAUCUUAUUGUGAAGUAUUUUUUAUGACGGGCAGAAAGUUUCUCUAAAGCACUUUGAAAACCCAAGUGUUUCGUCUUGUAUUUUUGCUCUCCAAUAAAAAGGAAAUUGGUUACAA